CUGUCAACGUAAAAUCGAAAUUUUGAAGGUGCGCGAUUUGCAGAACGACGAUCGAGACGAAUAUUCCUAAACUUUUCCAUCUAGUUAGGAGCUGGUGAUUUUUUCAGUAUCAACAACACUUGCCUGCUACCAGGAAAAAAGGAAUCCGAUAUGGCAUCGCUACUGAAAAUGGCCAACACCCUGCGGGUGACUGGCAACGGAACUCGUCUGAUUCAGCGCCUGAAGUCUUCGAAUGCUGCCGAUUUCCGUGCUGCCUUGGUCAACGUUCCACCAACCGAAACAACCCAGCUGGACAGCGGACUGCGUGUCGCCAGUGAGGAUUCCGGCUCGCAGACCGCCACCGUCGGACUGUGGAUCGACGCUGGCUCGCGGUAUGAGGACAACCGCAACAAUGGAGUCGCUCACUUCCUGGAGCAUAUGGCGUUCAAGGGAACCUCUAAGCGUUCCCAAACCGAUUUGGAAUUGGAGGUCGAAAACAUGGGCGCCCAUUUGAAUGCGUACACGUCUCGCGAGCAGACCGUUUUCUACGCCAAAUGUUUAUCCAAAGACGUCCCGAAAGCGGUGGAGAUUCUCUCGGACAUCAUUCAGAACUCCAAGCUCGGCGAGGCGGAAAUCGAACGUGAGCGUGGUGUUAUCCUGCGGGAAAUGCAGGAGGUAGAAAGCAACAUGCAGGAGGUCGUUUUUGAUCAUCUGCAUGCCACGGCUUACCAGGGAACACCCCUAGGUAACACCAUUCUAGGACCGACCAAGAAUAUUCAAUCGAUCGGCAAGUCGGAUCUGCAGGCUUAUAUCGAUUCCCACUACAAGGCACCACGGAUUGUGCUGGCCGCUGCAGGUGGUGUCAAGCAUAGGGAUCUCGUACAGCUGGCUCAAUCAAAUCUGGGCAAAAUUGGUAGCACCUUCGAUGGUAAGGCGCCACUGUUGACGCCCUGCCGGUUUACCGGCUCGGAAGUCCGCGUACGUGACGAUUCUUUGCCAUUGGCACAUGUUGCCAUUGCGGUUGAAGGUUGCGGAUGGACCGAUCAGGACAAUGUCCCAUUAAUGGUUGCUAAUACGCUGAUUGGAGCGUGGGACCGCUCACAGGGCGGUGGUGCCAACAACGCGUCCCGCUUGGCCGCAGCAUCGGCCCAGGACAACCUCUGCCACAACUUCCAAUCGUUUAACACGUGCUACAAGGACACCGGCCUGUGGGGCAUCUAUUUCGUGUGCGAUCCGCUUAAGUGCGAGGAUAUGAUGUACAAUCUGCAGGGCGAGUGGAUGCGCCUCUGCACGAUGGUUACCGAAAGUGAGGUUGACCGGGCAAAGAACCUGCUGAAGACGAACAUGUUGUUGCAGUUGGAUGGAACGACUCCAAUCUGCGAAGACAUCGGCCGCCAGAUGCUGUGCUACAACCGGCGCAUUCCCCUGCAUGAGUUGGAGAAGAGGAUCGAUAGCGUCAACGCACAGAACGUGCGUGAUGUUGCAAUGAAGUACAUCUAUGACCGUUGCCCAGCCGUUGCAGCCGUCGGUCCAGUCGAGAAUCUGCCCGACUACAUGCGUAUCCGUGGCUCGAUGAGCUGGGUUCGAGUGUAAACGUCGACAGUGUCAGAGAGGGGGUUAUAUUCCGUGGUGCACAGCACACACACGCACCUGCCAGUUGGGGGCAAAUUAGGAUAAACAGAAACGAAAAACUGCUGAUUCGAUAGUUCAUUGUAAUCUUUGAAAAUUUUCACCCGACUUGGAAUAACAUUAUUGUUGGUAGCAGAACUGAAGAAUAAAAAAUCGUACGCCGUA